CUUCCCAUUGAGAUACUUCAUUUUUGCGGCACAAACCUUCGCGCAAAGUUUAGGUUAUUCAAGUGAUUUGGCCUUUUUUCCCCUCUUUUGCGGCAUUUCAGUAUUUUUUUAAGGAUGCUUGUCUCUACAUGGAAUAGAUACUGUGCUGUGAUGUUUCUCGUCGCUACACUGAGGACGGGGACAUCCCAGGUAUCAGAGGCGCGCCCAAAGGCGAACUCCAUCAAGCCUGCUCUGCUGGAAGAGACACCCACACCCGCCACAAACCGCUCCGCUACUGUCCACACCGGGAUCACCAAGAAGUAUAACGUCCUUGCGCAGCAGAUGUAUCCCUGUAGCAACGAUAAGGAGUGCAGUGUGGGAAGUUACUGCCAUAGCCCCCAACAGUCUCCCUCUCGCUGCCUCACCUGCCGCAGGAGGAAGAAGCGUUGCCAUCGAGAUGCCAUGUGCUGUCCCGGGAACCGCUGUAGUAACUAUAUUUGUGUCCCUAUCUCUGAGAGUGUGCUUUCACCUCACAUCUCAGCUUUAGAUGAGCAUAACAAACUUUCCACCAAAGACCACAGCUGGAGGAAGAGUGGGAAAGCACAUGCUAAGCAUCCUCUUAAAGGCCAUGAGGGCGACCCUUGCUUGCGUUCAUCUGACUGCUCGGAGGGCUACUGCUGCGCCCGCCAUUUCUGGACCAAAAUCUGCAAGCCGGUGCUGAGGCAGGGAGAGGUGUGCACCAAGCAGAGGAAGAAAGGCUCUCACGGUUUGGAAAUCUUCCAGCGCUGUGACUGUGCCAAGGGCCUCUCCUGCAAGGUGUGGAAAGACGCCACCUCCUCGUCCAAAUCCAGGCUCCACAUGUGCCAGAAGAUCUGAAGCGGAGGCAGCUGCUGUCGGCGUAGAGGCCUCUCUCUCUCCAUCUGCCAGGGAAAGUUUUUUAAAGGAUGGGUUGUGGCUGUACUGAAAAGGAGCAAAAGACAGAGACUAACAAGAGACAGAACAGACUGUGUGGGUUGCUAUUCAGCAAGCAGAAAGCGAAUGGGAAUGCUUUAAUGUGUUUGCUGUGAGUCGUCCAUCCCUGCACCCACAUACAAACACGCACUCUCAGACACACACACACACACACACACACACACACACACACACAGACACACACACACACACACAUACACACACAGACACACACACACACACACAUACACCUUUUUAUGACAUUCAGGGAGCCACAAAGUUAGCCAGCAGAUGCUGUGAUGUAGGUGUGGACUUUUUCCAGAUGGAGGCAACAGACGUAAAAGACAGGUACAGACAAGCCAUAUUAUUACUGCACAGUACAUUCCUCACCAAACUCUAAAGUCCAAUUGCUCUAAAGACAUGAAUAUCCUUUGUUUUAUUACCGGAUCUGAAUUUUGCAAUGUUCUGUCGUCUGUUACGUAAAAUCUCAGCAUCUCACUCUUCAUGUUGUUUUUGUUCAGUUCUAUUCAACUAUUGCUAUGCAAAACAUUCACAACCAGUAACAAUGUCCAGACCCACUAAAUACUGGUCAUAUUAUAUGAGGAACUAAUCGCAUACACUGUUCACUACAGACUUGUGUAACGGUAUUCUGGGACUUCAAUGCGACGCAUAAUACUCUUAAACCAAAGAAUGAAAGAACAUUUACAUUAGGAUGAUGAGUUUCAUCUGGGACAUUAGCUCCUCGCUCGAUUUUUAGCCACAAGAAGAGAGAUAAAGUAUUGCGUCCGUUGUGGAAACCUUGUUUGAUCUGUCAGAUACAGCUGCAUUCUAUUGUGAUACAACUGUGUGGGUAAGACUGUUUGCACUGAGGUAGUGCUCUACUGCAGACUUAGCGGUUCCGAUACCAGACAGAGAAUGGCUCUGCUUUUUCAAUCACAGGAUUCAAGGGUAUGAUGGAAGUGCAAUUUUUUCCAUUUACAAAGCCAGUAGGAAUGGAGACGUGAGAAGAUUGAUUAGAAUUACAAAAAGUCUCCAUAAACCGGGUGUUCUCAAGAAGAAUUUCAGUUUGAGUCAACAUUUUGUUGAUGGCGCAAGGUCCUGUUUAUUUUUCUGUUUUUCAAAUAUGACUGCACACUUUCCUCUCAUGAAAUACUGUGCAGUUAUGUUGUACUGGAUGUGAAGCAGUGCACCACUCCUUUUAAACAACCAGUUGUUAACUAAAUAGUCAAUAUAAUAUCACAUUUGUCUCCUUUUGCUUUAAUAUUUUUUUAGAGCAUCAAGUACACAUAUUUUGUAACCAUCUAAAAUAUCAAUAAGCUCUUAUAUUGUAAAUAGAUUGGAAACAAUGAAAAUGUAUUUAAGAAUCAAUGUAUAUCAUGUACAUAUAAUAAAAAUAUGAAUCCUAAACAUUACAGCAAAAAUGAUCUAGGUGAGAAGAGUAAAGGGAUGAGAUAGGAUGAGCACAGCUGGAUAGAUUCAGAAAUAAAGUAGUGGAAAUGAUAUAAGCUGUGCGUAUAGAAAGGGGGGGGAGAAGCAUAGAUAGCUUUGACUGAUAUUACAGACUGGAUGCAUCAAAAGGAUAACAUAAAGACAAGCACGUUAACUUCCAAAAUAGUUUGUGUAAAUGGUGUGUAAAUGGUGUCAAGAUUUAUAUCCCACUAAAUAUUGUUUGUGUGAAUACUUCUCACUGAUUUGUUUUGUGUAUUUACAAUGAUGAAUGAA